AUAGUGGUUGGCAGUAUGGUCAAAUACCUUCUAACUUAUGGCUUGAACAAACCAACCGAUUUCUAGACCAUGCAUUCUCUUGUCCUGGUGUAGCCGAAUGUGGUAAAAUCAAGUGUCCAUGUGCCAAGUGUCGUAAUUAUAAUAAGCGCGGCAGGGAUGAGGUAGAGAAACACUUGUAUAAAUAUGGGUUUAGGGAAAACUAUGAAACAUGGAUAGAACAUGGUGAGAAGUAUGUUCCUAGCCAAGAUGGAUCUUCCUCUACCACAAAUUGUGUGAGGCACGAUGAAAUUGACCGAAUGGACAAUAUGUUAGUUGACCUAGGUGGCAACUGUCCUCCACCAAUUGAUGAAGAACCAACCUCCUCUGCCAAGGCUUUCUAUAGGAUGGUUAGCAGUGCUGAUGAAAUUGUCCAUGAGAACACAACACACUCUCGUCUUUCUGCAGUAGCCCGUUUGCUAGCACUAAAAUCUCAGUAUAAUAUGUCAAUUGCAGAAUAUGAUGAUGUGUUACAAAUCAUCCAUGAACUUAUGCUUCCGGGUGCUAACUUGUCCAAGGACUUCUACCAAUCUAAGAAACUCUUAGAAGGCCUUGGUAUGCCUUAUGUCAAGAUUGAUGUCUGUAAAAAUAAUUGCAUGUUGUACUAUAAAGAUAAUGAGCAUAAAGAGAAGUGUGAAAUCUGCGGUACAUCUCGCUACGAGGAAGGCCAGAAUAAAGUCCCACGUAAAGUGUUGAGAUAUCUCCCUCUGAAAGAUAGAUUACAGAGAUUGUAUGCACAUGAGGAAAUAGCAAAACAUAUGCAGUCGCAUAGUCGUUCCAAUUCUGAUAAGAUGGUCCACCCUAUUGAUGGUGAAGCUUGGCAAGGGUAUGACAAGGAGUUCCCAGAAUUUGCAGAAGAUCGUAGAAAUGUCCGUCUUGUCAUAGCUGGUGAUGGUUUUACACCAUACAAGUUGAAUGCUGCUCCAUAUACUUGCUGGCCUAUUUUCAUAGCUCCAUUAAACCUUCCACCCGGUAUUCUCUUGAAACCAGAGUAUAUAUUCCUUAGCCUUGUUAUCCCUGGUCCUGAACAUCCUGGAAAAAAAUUGAGUGCCCUAAUGCAACCUUUAGCUGAUGAACUGAUGCAAUUGUGGGACGGGGUUGAAACAUGGGAUGCUUAUCACAAGGUAAACUUCCCAAUGAAAGCGGCAUUUCUAUGGUCAGUCCACGACUUUCCUGCAUUUGGUAUGUUUGCUGGGUGGAGCACCCAUGGCAAGCUAGCAUGCCCUGAAUGCAUGAGUGAUUCCAAAGCAUUUACUCUUCAAUACGGGCGGAAGCCUUGCUGGUUUGAUUGUCAUAGGCGCUUUCUACCUCCAGAUCAUGAAUUCAGAUUCCAAGCCAAUUCAUUUAGAAAGGAUACAAUAGUGUUAGAAGGGCCACCAAGGUGUUUAACAGGAGAGGAAGUGGAAACUCACAUGUACACACAUGUGAAUGACACCUUCAAUUACAAUAAAUUGCACAAUUGGACUCACAUAAGUUGCUUUUGGCAACUUCCAUACUUCAAAAAGUUGAAGCUCCGACACAACAUUGAUGUGAUGCACAAUGAAAGAAAUGUAGCUGAAGCUAUAUUUAACACAUGCUUUGACAUUCCCGAUAAAACUAAAGAUAAUGUGAAGGCAAGAAAAGAUCUAGCUGAAAUUUGCAACCGUCCUUCGAUGCACUUAAAAUUGAAGGACAAUGGAAAGUGGGACAAGCCAGAAGGUGACAGGAAAUUUAAAUAUGCUGACCCGAAUUCCAAGCACUACAAGUAUAAUAUGCAACUUGGAAUCAUUCUUAAACGAGAACACCCAGGGAUAAUUGAGAAGAAGGAAGGUGAUAUUGUCAUUAAAACCCGCCCAGCUUUGGAGUGGUUUGAUUAUUAUGAUAAUGAUACUCUAGAUGAUAAGGGGCAGACUGCUGCAGAUCGUGUGAAGGAAGUUUUUUGGAACUUGUUUGAGAUCCACGUGAAAGAUGAUGAAGAUCUAGACAAGGUGGAGGAUGAUGCUGAUCGUGUGUUGGACAACUACGCAAUGAAAAAAGUGAGAGACACGAUGUAUCAACUUUGUGUGGAUGCUGUGAAGUUCUACUUUGAGAAACAAGGAGAGCGGCUUGAUGACACAUCGGCAUGUUCAAAAGAACUUGAAUAUGCCCAACACUUGGAAUGCAGAAUACCAUGGUUUAAGGAACAUGCAUGGCCUCAUCUUUGUGCUUAUUGGUGCUCAAAGACGUUCAAGUCCUUAAGGAAGAGAGGGCAGGAAUCCCGAUUCAAGAGUGAAGAUGUUGCUCAAAAUCGGGGAGGUUCACUUUCAUUUGUGGAGGCUCGACAAAUUUUGGCUGAGAAAUAUGGACCUGAGAAGGCUACCACACUGAAUACAUAUGCUGUAAUGAAAUCUGGACUCAAGAAUUGGGAUGGCAGUGGUAGCACCAGCACGACCCUCAGCGGGAAGGCAAAAAAACGCUUUGAUGAUUACUCUGAUUUGGCUAGAGCCGCACAUCCUGAUGAUUGGGAGCAGCGAGAGUUGGAUGGGCAAAUAUUAUAUGAAUCAUCAGGUGGCAUUCCCCAUGGGCGACUAGCAAUAGCAGAUGGGGCGAUUAAGAAGGCUGAUGUUAUCUCAACAUCUAGAGAAAAGAAAUUGAGGCCGUCAACUUUAGCAGCACAUCGACGAACUGUUCAAGAAAAUGAAGAGCUGAAGCGACAUAAUGAGAACCUGCAGCGACAUAAUGAGAACCUGCAACAUAAAGUGGAUAUGCAUGAACGGAUCCUAGUGGCCCUUUUUAAGGAGAUGGGAAAAGAACUACCAACGGAGCUACACCAAGGAGCGAGUUCCCAACCACAUGGGACACCUAAUUCAUCUCAUAUGAGACCCCAAGCCACCGAUGACAACACUGGUGAUGAUGAUCUGGGGUGCAAAUGGUGGUGCUGACAACUCCAGUGGGAAUACUAGUGACAACAACGUUAGUGCUGGUGGUGGUGACACUAGUUAUAACAUUCGUGAAACUGAGACCUAGAAUCAUAGAUGGUGGUUGUAACCUUGGUAGUGCCUUUUGUUGACUUGGAGCCAGACUUUAGAAUUAAUGUUGGUGUUGGCAACAAAGCAACAUUUUGCUAGUUGCAAGACUCUAGAACUAAAGGUGGUGUUUGCAACAAGGUAGCAUUUUGGUAGUUGCAAGACUUUAGAUGAACUAUGAUGUACUUUGCUUGUAAUGCUUUGGAUAUGCAAAACUGAUGGUUAUCCUUGUAAGCUGAGAACUGUUAUGUAGAUUGUUUCUGAUGCUUUGGAUGUGCAAA